UGUGUCCUCUUCGUGCCUCCAUUGAUGUGUUAGAAGGGGAAUAUUUUUUCCUUUGUUAUCUUGAGUCAAUGCAAGAACAUUUUCAGGAAGAAGCAUACUCAAUAAACUGGUACAAAGAAAAUGCUGGCAAGCAGCAACUGAUAAAGGAAACACAGAGAAUUGUUUCCCAAAUGAAUUUUCUGGAGUUUUGGCCAGCUGAGCUCAGUGACUCUGGGAAUUACUCUGUCACUCACAGCAAUGGAAAACAAAAUUUCACAGUUCAGAAGUGGACCUUGAAUGUACUUGAAAGAAAUAAAAGCAGCUGUUUCAACAAAAAUCAUUUAACUACAGAAAUUAAAAAUGCUGGAACUGGUCAUUCACUGAAAUGCAAUGAUUUGUCUGUCAAUGAAAAUGACAGUAUAACAUGGUACAAGGACUGUAAGAACUAUGAAAAUGAAACAGAGCGGGAACUGGAUUUUAAAACCUUAACAGUACAGCACUCUGGGAUAUAUACCUGUAAAAUUUUAAUCAGUCAUGAAGGAAAGAUAUAUCACAGCACAAAUACAAUUAAGCUGGUAGUAGAAGAUGAUGCACCAGAGACUGUAACUUUGGAGAUAGUUGGACGUGAUGAAGAAAUUGAAACAGAAAUGGGUAAAGAAGAGAUACUCAAUUGCACAGGUUUCUUGGGUUACUAUAUGAGAGAAGAUGUCAGCCUCUACUGGUUAAUUAAUCAAACGUUUCCAGAAAAAUGUACAGGUAUCCCCAAGAAUGAACCUUCAAUUUGUGAAGAAGAGUUUAAAAAAUUACAGUUGGGAAACAAGUUCUACAUCACAAGGCUACUACGGAUUAAAAAAGUAACAGAUGAGGACAUGCAUCAUAAUUUCACCUGCAUGUUGCAAGCUGAUGAAAGAACACUAAUGAAAAUAGUGAAACUGAAGAAAGGGAACACCAGAGAUCUGCCUGUGCACAUAUUUACAACUGGAAUGGUCCUUGCUGUACUAUUUCCAUGUGCUGCUGUAGCUGCGGUGUUUGUCUGUGUGAUGUUUAGAGUUGACUUAGUUCUAUUUUACAGGAACAUAUGCAGAAGAGACGACACUGCUGGAGACGGAAAAGAAUAUGAUGCAUUUGUGUCAUACCUGAAAGACUGUGUUUCUCCUACUGAAGAAGAGAGAGAAUUUGCUUUGAAGAUAUUACCCAUGGUAUUAGAAGAAAACUUUGGGUACAAGUUAUGUAUAUUUGAGAGGGAUGUAUCCCCUGGAGGAGCAGUUGUUGAUGAUAUCCAUUCAUUCAUUGACAAAAGCCGAAGACUAAUUAUUAUACUGAGCCAGAACUACGUUUCUGACAGAGCCAUAUAUGAACUUGAGAGUGGACUGCAUAAAGCCCUAGUUGAAAGAAAAACUAAGAUCAUAUUAAUUGAAUAUAUGCCUAUAAGUGACUAUGAUUUCUUGCCAGAAUCAUUGUCUCUUUUACCAUCAAAGAGGGUUGUGAAGUGGAAAAAGGAUAAAUCUCUUCCCAUGAAUUCCAGAUUUUGGAAGAACCUUCGGUACCUGAUGCCAGCAAAACCUACCAAGAUGAACACCAAAGGGCACUAUAAUAAUCUUGACCUAGGCUCAGAAGGGACUCCACAAUGGACUGAAGGCUGUGACUUUAAUGCAGUUGUAUAACAAUUCUGGAGACAGAAGAUGCCGCAGAAAACUGCAUUUUGCUAACUAAUAGAAAACACAACCUGCACUCUUUGGGAAGAUAGUGUUCAUAAGAGACCAAGUCUGAGAUCUGAGAAUAAUGUAGAAUUUAUUACAGUGGCUAGGAUGAAGUUAACGCCAAUGCUAAAUGCUGUCACAGAGAGAACUUCCUCAGCAAUCUUCACAAGGAGCAGAAAUUUCAUUCUGCUUGGUAUUUACCACAUGGCACGAAGCACAAUGCAAAACAUUUUGUUUUCACAUUUUCCAGUAAUGUAGAAUGAUAUUAGUUAUACUUGCACACUUUUUGAGGCCCUCAAUAAAUAUAACCGUAUUUGCAAAGUAUUAUUAUUUAAAGGCUCUUGGGUUUGUAUUUUGGUAUUUCCUAAGGGUUCUGCUUGGGAGUAGACUGAAACGCUCCUGAUGAGUUAGCUUGGCAUGCAGGCUUUGGGCAAUGUCAAGCAGGAAAAUCAAGUGAAAAUAGGGAAAAGUGAGGUUAGAAAGAGUAGGUUAGGUAUGGUCACGCUAACAGUAUUCACUACUGAGUUGUAUGUGGUCUAGAUGAGCCAAGUGGGAGUGAUUUGGAGGAAUGAUAAAGACUUUCCAUCCUCCUGUUUCGCUGAGAAUACUGUAAAUGCUCAUUUUGACAGGGAGAAGAGGGGGAUAGGAUAGAGAUAAUAGUAUUUUUUUUUAUGGACACUGAUACCUACAUUAUACCCUGACCUGCCUUCAGCUGAGGGAUAUAGGGGAUUUACUUGAAAAUGAGAUCUUUAGUAUAUACAUGUACUCCUAACACUUGUACUUACUAUUUUUUAAAACAAACUUAGUAAUGCCAUUCAAACCCAUACCCUCCCUUACCAUUAGCUGCCUGGCAGAAAAUACCAAUCUGAUAUAAAUACCUGGAUAAAAUGGAACUAUAUUUCCUCCUAAUACCAGUGGGGAGAAAUCAGUGGAGAAGCUUUUGGAAGAUCUGUCAGUUUGCUAGGAGACCAUCAAGAGUCAACCCACUCACAUCAUUGUCUUGCAUUCAACUAAUGCUAAUUCUUAGGACACAUCUCUUUGAUACUGACAAUUCAUGCAGCUAUAGUCGAGGAGCUCCGUUACCUUCUCAGUGCACUUGAGAACAUAAUUGGAGUGCUGGGUGUCAUGGCAAUGUCUCAGGAUUCAUGAGAAUGAAAUACCUUGUUGUUUGUCAAUUAUUUUGUAAUCAAGAAUAGUUUCUGACAUAUAUUCAGGUAAAAGUGAAGGCUAAAUCUGACUUUACAAUAUGGAGACAACACAGUUGCCAGGUUAACCUGCAGAUGAAAAGGAACAAAAGAAGGCAGAACACAUCCGUGGUGUCCUUCAGAUCAGCUCCAAGAGGUCUUCCUCCUUCUGUCAGGCAACUAAAGAGCUACUGAAAUGUUAUACUUUAGACAAAAGACAUUUAAGCUUCUAUUGAAGAGUAUUUCUGCUUUGUAGAUAUGUAUGUCUUUACAUUUCCAAAUCUUUCUCAAGAUUCAGUUCUUCCGUACCAGUGUUUCCUGUGAUUUGUAAUCACAGAUCAGUUUUAACAUUCUCCUGCAGGACUAAUGAUUACCCCUACUUCAGAAAUGCCAUUAGGCAUACUGGGCACAUCCAUUUCUUG